AAAUGCAGGCUCAGAAAGUGAGGGGGUGAUAUGAAAGAUUAGAAAUGCUGAGACGAAAGCCAACCAAGAUUGAACUCAAAAUCGAAGACAAAGAAGAACUCGAAGAAGCUCGUCAACGCGCCGCUGCCUCCGCAACCACCACGACCGCUGCAUCCACCGUCCUCAGCCACCUCGACCGCUCCAGAGACCCCUCCUCCAAAACGCACCGCAUCAUUGGAAACUAGAAAAAGGCCCAAAAUGUCUCACAUAUCCAAAGCCCUCAUGGAGGUCGAGGUCAAGAUCAGGCUGCCGGACGCCGCCGCCCACGGCAAGGUCACCAGUAUUCUAGCGCCGUUCCACCUCGGUACCCACCGCCAGGAGAAUCUCUUCUUCGACGGCUCCAAAUCCGAGCUCUCGGUGCGCCGCGCCGUGCUCCGGCUCCGAUUCUCCGACCGGAGCCCUCUCUGCGCCGUGACGCUGAAGGCGAAGGCGGUGCUGGUCGAUGGUGUCAGCCGAGUGGAGGAGGACGAGGAGGAGCUGGACCCGGCGGGAGGGCGGGCAUGCGCGGCUGAGCCGGAGAAGCUGAUGGCGGCGGAGUCUAGGGUUUUGAGAAGGGUUAGGUAGGAGUUUGGGGUUUUAGGGUUUGUGGGGAUGGGAGGGUUUGGGAAUGUGAGGGAUGUGUAUGAUUGGAAAGGGUUGAAAUUGGAGGUGGAUGAGACUAAGUAUGAGUUUGGGACUUGUUAUGAGAUUGAGUGUGAGAGUGUAGAUCCUGAUGGAGCUAAGGAUAAGCUGGAGGAGUUGUUGAAGGAAAAUGGGGUGAGGUAUUCCUACUCCCAAGUGUCCAAGUUUGCCACUUUUCGAGCUGGGAAGUUGCCUUAGGGAUUCAAAUGUGGUGAAGUUUUCUGAUAGAAUGUUGUUUUCUGAUGCUUAUAUCUGAAGAAGAUUGUAUGAGGUUUUCUUUUGAGUGCAGUUUGGUGUUGAUAAAGAUUUCAGAUUUGAUGCACUCAUAUGUAUUUGAAUGGUUAAGGUUUUAUCUUUUAUGGGAUGUUUUUAAAAAUCAUGUUCGAACGAGUUGAAUGUGUUCAAUUCGGGUUUUUGAUUUGCGUUUUGGUUUUGAUGCAAUUGGAUGAGCCAUAAUUGAUGUGC